AGACGGGAUUUCACCAUGUUGGCCAGGCUGGUCUCGAAUUCCUGACCUCAAGUGAUCCAACCGCCUCGGCCUCCCAAAGUGCUGGCAUGAGCCACCGCGCCCAGCCUGAUUUGAAUUUGAAUUCAUUAGCGACGUUUAAAAAUCCCAGGAUUUCACAUAAAAAUCCAGAUUUCAGACGUCGAAAAAAAAAGUAAAAUGUUAUCUCCCAAUGCCGCAGGCAAAUAGGAUAACAGUCCUGAAUAGCAACCGCGGUCUCUAGUGGUUACGGUUCUCACAUCCAUUUUGCUCCAUUUUAUUACCUGAGAGGACCGGUAUUUUCAAAACCUGGUGUAUCAGUAACUUUUAGGGGAAACUUUUGAAAAAAGGACUGCACACACGCACCCUUUCUUCCUUCCCGUUCUUUGAAAGCAAACAACAGAAACAACUCAUUCUGCAGGCAUUCUGCGCUAGUCCCACGGACAGGCGAUUAACAAGAGAUAAAAAGGUGUGGGUCCCAGAGGCAGUACGGUGUUACCCCUUCUGGUUGGCAGAUACCACGUUGCCGGUCGGGAUACGGACCCACUGCGACUAGCACAAGGAGCGCUGAACCGAGCUAUGCAAAGUUCUGACGAGAAGGUGGAACGGUACUUAAUGAAGAGGAUUAAGCAAUCUAAAUCGGUUUCGCUAAAUUAGACACAUGUGUCUAAGCAGCCACGGCCUGUUCGCAGCAGCGUGGGGAAGACAAACCAACGCCCCAGCUCUCCAUUCAAUCACCGGCAACUCAGCUCUGGACUAGACGCACUCUUCGAAGAUACCCGGGUUUCCGGAGCAACCGCCCGGACCGUCCCCCUUUGGCCCCGCCUCCGAGACUCUUUCCCGCCAAAGGCCGUUAUCGCCGCACAGCAUGGUGGGACAACGCUUUAGGCUAGGUUUCACCAAGUCCUUUGAAGGCGCCGAGUUGCUUUCAAAGAGCCUCAUUCCUGGGGAAAUCGACCAUCCCUCAAGACCCGACCUGGAUGACUAGCUCCUUUAACGAAAGUUCGUUAUUUAACUUUUACCAAACGGCUGGUUACCCUGUUCACAAACCACCCCAAGCUGGGAACGCAGGGGACUUUUUUUUUCCCUUCGUGCGGAGGCUGACGUCGCGCGUGCGUGCGCGUGCGUUAGCGUAGCCUUCGCAGCAUGCGUUGCGCUCCCGCGCGUGCGUGUUGGUAUCGAAUCGCUGUUUCCUUCCGCUUCUCUUCCUCUGUCUGCCCCCAUAUCCGUGCGCCGAGCUGAUAAAGGCGCCAUUUUGGAGGGGCCGCGGGAGACGUGGUGCCGCUGCGGGCUCGCUCUGCCGUGCGCUAGGCUUGGUGGGAAGGCCUGUUCUCGAGUCCGCGCUUUUCGUCACCGCCAUGUCGGGAGGUGGUGUGAUUCGUGGCCCCGCAGGGAACAACGAUUGCCGCAUCUACGUGGGUAACUUACCUCCAGACAUCCGAACCAAGGACAUUGAGGACGUGUUCUACAAAUACGGCGCUAUCCGCGACAUCGACCUCAAGAAUCGCCGCGGGGGACCGCCCUUCGCCUUCGUUGAGUUCGAGGACCCGCGAGACGCGGAAGACGCGGUGUAUGGUCGCGACGGCUAUGAUUACGAUGGGUACCGUCUGCGGGUGGAGUUUCCUCGAAGCGGCCGUGGAACAGGCCGAGGCGGCGGCGGGGGUGGAGGUGGCGGAGCUCCCCGAGGUCGCUAUGGCCCCCCAUCCAGGCGGUCUGAAAACAGAGUGGUUGUCUCUGGACUGCCUCCAAGUGGAAGUUGGCAGGAUUUAAAGGAUCACAUGCGUGAAGCAGGUGAUGUAUGUUAUGCUGAUGUUUACCGAGAUGGCACUGGUGUCGUGGAGUUUGUACGGAAAGAAGAUAUGACCUAUGCAGUUCGAAAACUGGAUAACACUAAGUUUAGAUCUCAUGAGGGAGAAACUGCCUACAUCCGGGUUAAAGUUGAUGGGCCCAGAAGUCCAAGUUAUGGAAGAUCUCGAUCUCGAAGCCGUAGUCGUAGCAGAAGCCGUAGCAGAAGCAACAGCAGGAGUCGCAGUUACUCCCCAAGGAGAAGCAGAGGAUCACCACGCUAUUCUCCCCGUCAUAGCAGAUCUCGCUCUCACAUAUCUGAAGAGAUGGAUUAAGAAUGCUUUGGAUUAAGGAUUGUGGAGCACAUUUCAAUCAUUUUAGGAUUGUCAAAAGGAGGAUUGAGGAGGAUCAGAUCAAUAAUGGAGGCAAUGGUUUGGAUUGGAGAGGGCUCACUGGAUCCCAAUCCUUGGAGCUGGAUCAUUGGAUUCAAAUCAUAAUGUGGAUAGGAUAGGGAGGAUGAAUUACCAGGAUUCAUGGAGCGGGAUCAGAUUACCAGGAACAUAGGAGUGGAUUCCUGCCCCAACCAAACCGCAUUCGUGUGGAUUUUUUUAUUCAACUUAAUUGGCUAUUCCAAAGAAUUUUUUUUUCCUAUUUUUGACGAUUGGAGCCCUUAAGAUGCACGAUGGAAUUGUGUUUUGCGUUUUUUGGUAAAAGGAGCAAAGCGAGGACCUGGAGAUAAACGCUGGAGCAAUCUCCUUGGAAGGAUUCAGCACGAGUAGAUGGUAAACAUUUAAAGGGGAAAGGGGGGGUUUGUUUAAAAUAGUAAAUCAGUAAGUCACUUCUAAAUUUAAAGAAAACAAAAUUGGAGUUGAAGAAUAAGUAGGUUUCCAAUUGGCUAUUGCCAUUUUCUUUGAAAAAAUAAACAUUUUUUAAAAAACUAUGCAUGGUUGUCCUUUUUCCUCUUCAUGUAAGAUUCUAACUGGGUCUAUCAGUUAAUCUUUAAAUUGUUAAGUAAGAUAAGAUUUUGACUCUUGUGUUAAUGUGUUAGCAAAUUAAAAGUUCUUAAAAGGCAAUCUAAUGGUAUUAGCCAUCUUUUAUUGUUAAUUGUAAAAGUCUUCAGGGGAAAGCAAAAGGGGAGAAUAAGGCAUUUGUGUAUGUAACUUGGUAAAUGACGGUGGGGGGUGGAUCUAGCAUCUGAAAGAUAAGCUUCUCUACUUUGUUAUAAAGUGGUUAAAAAACUAUAGAUGCUGCUUAUUUUCUGGUGGUCAUAGACAACAUAGGCUUUUGUGCAAGAUUGGUUGAUGGCUAGUAAAUUAAUGUUCACUUGGAGAUAGCUUUUGAGAUUCUCAAUGAAACUCAUCUCAAAAAAAGGUAAGUAUUAAAUGUUAACAUCAGCACAGAUGUAUUAGAACUGUUUUUUUUGUUUUUGAGACAGAGUCUCGCUCUGUUCUCCAGACUGGAGUGCAGUGGUGUGAUCUGGGCUCACUGUAACCUCCACCCCUGGGUUCGAGUGAUUCUCGUGCCUCAGUCUCCCGAGUAGCUGGGAUUACAAGUGUGUGCCACCCUUGCCUGGCUAAUUUUGUGUUUUUAGUAGAGAUGCAGUUUCUCUGUGUUACCCAGGCUGGUCCCAAAACUCCUGGCCUCAAGUGAUCUGCCUGCCUUGGCCUCCCAAAGUGUUAGGAUUACAGGUGUGAGCCACCAUGCUCAGCCUGUAGAACUUUUAACACAAGUCACAUUUCUUUUUUGAAAGGGAAAGAGUGUACAAGAUUAACUGCUGCUUUGGAUGAAACAUUGCUAAAAAAAGCUGGGCAUUUAGAAUUUUGCCUUAUAAGCCAUUCUCAACCAUAAGAUGAUUUUGUACCAAAAACUUUGGUGUUCUCUACCAAAGCAGUUGUUAAAAACUUUUAGUCUGCUACUUUUUGUAUUUGUCUGACAGCCCCUUGAUACUAUUUAGGUUGGAGGAGGGGACCUAAAAUAAAUAGCUUUAACAUUUCCCUUGGGUGCUAAUCAUAGUUGGAAGUUGAAUUUAAGGUGAUUAUUCGGGUGACAAUUAAAAACCUAGGGAAAACCAGAAAUCUUGGUAAUGGAAGAAAUGUGUAAGGUCACCCCAAUCGGUAGAUUUUAAUGAACGUUGUGGAAUGUUGCGAAGAGGGGAUGUUAAGUUGAAUGCAGAAUUUCACUAAGUACUUAGUGUAAAUUUAUUAAGGAUGUAGCUCUUUUUAUCUAAGAAUUCAAUGUAAUGGCCAAAAGGCAGAUUUACUGUUUAAAAUUUGAAUAAUUUUACAUGACAUUCUUUAAAUUCUAAGUUUUAUGUGUAGAACAUUUUAAAAAUUCAUCAGAUUAUUAAAGGGAAAAUAAAUGAUUAAUGAUCAUUUUGGAAGGUUAAUGUGACCUAGACUGAAGUAAACUUUGGUUCAUUUGUGUUCAUUGAAUGUUUUGGAAACGACCAAAAAUGUAAAUAGCCUUCACUCAAGUUUGAGCGUUUAAAGUUGAAAGAUGGGCUUUACUAAAAGUUAUAGUAAUUCUAACCUCACAUUGAAAUGAGACAGUAUUCCUUGUUACACAGGCUGAAUUUGAAGAUUAGACAGGACCUAAUGUUUACUUAAUGAAAAGUAAAGGGGCAUAGGUUUUGUAGUUAAGAUGACCAGACAGCUAAAAGCUCUGAUGGGAAGUAUGGACUGCUCCUAAUUAUAGUCUCAGAAAGUGGACCUUUAGGUCUCUAUCCAUAUUGGCAAUUAUUAGAAGAAAGUUACACCCUUUUGAAACUACAAAAGCUGCCUUGGAAUUUCCCCCUCUUCUCCCUAUUUAUGUCCCCUUAAAAUAUUUUAGGGAGCCUAUAAUUAUUUUCUAACCAAGGAAAAACCUAAGUCUCUUUAAGAAGCAAUUACUUUUCAUAACAUCAGAUUGAAUAACCCACCUUGCUGUUCAGCCCACAUCCUACUGGAAACAAAAGGUAAGAAACACAUUUUCUGGUUCUUGAUUGUUUGGAUCUGAAUUUUGUUUUUAAAACUAUGCUAAGUUUAAUGUUUUUUAAAAUGCUGUUUGGAAUAUGAAUAGAUUCCCCAUAAAACGAUUUUCCUAAGUUUUACGCUUCAGUAAAUAUUCAGUGCUCACGUCUGGGCAUCAUAGUGCUUGUGUUUAAUGUGAUUUAUUGUAGAAUCUCAACUUUUCUUGGUGUUGUCUUUGAAACAUUGUCUUGGUCAUUAGGACCGGUGUUUUCACAUUUCUGUGGUCAAGGUGAAUUUCUUAUGUGUGCCUUUUUGCUUACUUUGUAUAUGAAUUUUGUAAUUUAAAUUGCAAGUAAGUUAUAUAUAUGUAUUUACCAUAAAUAGUAUUAAAAGAUGAGAAACUGUUAGACUGAAGUUCUGUUGUAACAUAACCACUAUUAUUUCCAUCACAGUAUGAAGAGUGCAAACGCAGAAAACAGAUUACAGUCUCUUACCCAUUUUUUGAAAUCCAAAAACUAUGAAAACAAAAGAUUUUCUGUUGUUGAGCUAAUUAAAUGUGAACCCUGACCAGAA